AUGGACAUGGAUUCUCAGGACUUACAAAAUUAUGAUGAUAAAUGUAAUGGAAUAGUCGUAAGAGAAGCGAAAGAUCAUAUGAAGCAACUUUGUAAGAAAUAUCUAAGAUUUUUAGAUACAUCUAUAUCAUGGGGUCGUAUAAAUUCUGGUUAUUAUGUUUCUUUACUUUUAAAUUAUUGGAUAUAUGAUAAAUUAAGAGCUAUUUAUCGUGAUACAAUAAAUUAUGAAAUUAAUAUUGGUUUUAGUGCUCUCCAGUUGAUAUGGAGUACGUUUGACAAAAGCAGAAGUGAAGAAUCAUACUAUAAAAAAUGUGCGCCCGAUUGGAAAAUGGUUGAUCAUGCGGAUUGGGAAAAAAGAAAAAAAUUGUACGAUUACUAUGUUGAUUACAAUGACCUAGUUUCUUUGGCUAGAAACUACGACAAAGAAUGCAAGUAUUAUAAUAAAAUUAAACAAAAUCAAACAAUAUUUGAUUACUUUGAUACUCUUUGUGCUUCCGAUCCAGAUAAAUGCCCUCAAAUCUACAAUGAUUGCAAGUCCUAUAAUCCUAAAAACAAUCCGAACAUAGUCUUGCACCUCGUGGCGAUAGUUUUGGAUUGUCACAAAUUGCAUCCCAUACUCAAAAUGAAUCGUCAACCCUUAGAACAUCUGGAUUGGGAACAAAAGUUGGCCAUUCAGUUCUUGGUGCAGCUCCAGUUUUGUUAA